CAGAAAUCCAAGCUAUAGCGAUCUCAUUCUUUCCAAACCGGCAAACCAUGAGAACUGAGGGUUUUUGGAUGCACUCUUGUAAAAAAAAAAUCGAAUUUCUAGAAACAAAAAAAGAAUUCCUUUGCUUAUAACUUCAGAUUUCUUUUGCUUGUUUGAGGACGUCCCUAAAACAUUCGGACAAGAAAAGAAAUCUCAUGCUAUUGUCUACCACCUCCACCUCUCUUCUCCAAUCUCUGAGACGUUUAAGUUUCCGGAGAAACUAAUGUUGUACUUCCAGGUGAUGGUAUUGUUGUGAAAGGUCAAGCUUAUGGAAUUCUUCCAUGUUUCGUCAGAGCAAAUUAUUGAAGAAUACAACAUUGUUCUUCGUGUUUCUGAAUUUUUGUUUGACCCUUUUAGGAGCAUAUUGUACAGUGGCGCAAGAUGUAAUCAAGAAGAUUGAUCUUGAGGCCCUGUACAAGAGAAUGUUCCUUCUCAAGAAAAAGAAAUUUGCGGCUGUUGUCACGAGGCUAAUCGAGGGACAACCAUUUACAGUAGCAUGAGUUAUGAAAUGAAGGUUGAUUUUGUAGAUGUACUUCUUCAACUUCAAACAAUGGAAACUGAUAAUCUCAAAGCCGACAUUUGGCACUUGAGCUUAUUACGGGGAUGGAAUUUUGAAGAACAGACAUAAAAUGCGGCCCUACACAAUUUUAGAAAAGAAGCUCAAUUUGCGUCUGCAUCUGGAUAGUAUUAUUGGCUGUUGUUCAUGAUAUCGGAAAGCCAUUGUUUUCAACUCCGUGAGAGCUUUCUAAGAAAGAAGAUUGGGAGAGCAGUUCCUUCUGCAAAAACCAAGUUUACCGCUGUUAUGGCAUACACUCCUGAAGAUACAUUAACAACAAGAUACAAUGGUGCUCACUACUCAGCGGAUCGGACUUUGUAGGACAGAGCACAUGAUUGAAGGCUGUUAGACAAAUGAUAAUUGCGGGAAAGGUGGAACACAGAAAAGUGGCAUUGGACUUGCUUUUGCGCUACCAAUGAUCUGACUUUGAAGGCAUCUCCCGUGCAUUGGAUGGUCUUACUGUGACAAUUCGAUUGUUAGACUCACCGCUCCAUGAAUUUCUGCCUAAAGGAGAUAUUGAAAAAAUUGUUGGUCAGCCGGAUAUCGACACUGGUGACCCAUGAUGAAGCUAUCUCAAGACUGUGCUUGGUUUUCGUGAUGAAUUUAUAACCAGCAUUUGGGAUAUGGAUGACACAAACCUGUUAACAGCUAUUGAUGCUGAUGGAGGCCUACCACCAAGCCCAUGGAUCCGCUUCAAGGGAACCUUAUUAGCUGUAGCUGCAAGUGAUAAUACAAUAAAAUUAUUGGCGAUGAAUGAUGUUCUUUUCAUACAUCACAAUUUGCAUAUGAGACAUUAGCUAAGCACCGAUAGAUGGAAGAAGAUUACCUUCUCUUUUAUAAACAAAACCCGGGAGACAAAUUACUAAAAGGUUUAAGUCUUUGGAAUACCACAAUUGGAUCAUCGAAGACCAUGAGUCAAAAGACGAUGCAGGUCGUCAGCUAUCACCCUAAAAGAAAUAGAGGAAGCAACCAAGAUGGGAUGACUAUGCUGCUACACUCGAGAUGACACCAAGUGGCGGCAUAUAUGGAGAUUUCCAGCUCGGCAAUGGAUGUGGACAUGAAAGGCAAAAGACGUUACAAAUAAGAAGGCAAAAUUGAUUUACAGCUUCUGGCGACUCUAAGGCUUUGAACACGUACGAGGACGACGAUGGUAAGAAAAGUUCAAAGGAUAUCAGUCUACAAGAUAUUGUUGGUUCAAAUGUUUCAGAAACAAGAAGAGGGAUGGUUUUACCUUUCCAGCCUCUUUCACUUGCAUUCAACCAUGUCAAUUAUUACGUCGAUAUGCCUGCUGAAGUGAAGAACCAAGGAAUUGAUGAAACCCGUCUCCAGUUGUUAAGAGAUGUUAGUGGGGCUUUCAAACCUGGUAUACUGACAGCAUUAGUUGGUCUUAGUGGUGCUGGAAAAACUACCUUGAUGGAUGUUCUAGCAGGAAGGAAAACAGGAGGGUACAUUGAAGGAACAAUUACAAUUUCCGGAUACCCGAAGAACCAAGCAACAUUUGCUCGAGUUAGUGGUUACUGUGAACAGAAUGAUAUCCAUUCACCGCAUGUUACAGUUUAUGAAUCUCUUUUGUACUCAGCCUGGCUUCGUCUCUCUGCUGACGUAAAGAAGGAAACACGAAAGAUGUUUGUUGAUGAGGUCCUGAAUUUGGUUGAGUUACAGCCACUGAGUAAUUCUCUAGUUGGUAUGCCAGGAGUAGAUGGUCUUUCAACUGAACAGAGAAAGAGACUAACCAUAGCUGUAGAGUUGGUUGCUAAUCCAUCAAUCAUUUUCAUGGAUGAGCCAACUUCAGGCCUUGACGCUAGGGCUGCUGCCAUUGUGAUGCGAACAGUGAGAAAUACAGUAGAUACAGGGAGAACUGUUGUCUGCACAAUCCAUCAACCUAGUAUUGGCAUUUUUGAAGCUUUUGACGAGCUUUUAUUGAUGAAGAUUGGAGGGCAAGUCAUUUAUGCUGGUUCACUUGGCACCCGUUCACACAAGCUUGUAGAAUACUUUGUAGCGAUCCCAGGAGUUCCAAAGAUUAGGGAUGGAUACAAUCCUGCUACAUGGAUGCUCGAAGUUAGUUCUGCUUCUACGGAGGCUCAUCUUGAUGUAGAUUUUGCAGAAAUUUAUGCCAAUUCCAGCCUUUAUAAGGAAAAUCAGGAACGCAUCAAAGAGCUAAGCACUCCUACACCAGGUUCCCAAGACCUUCACUUCCCGACAGAGUACUCUCAAGACUAUAUCACUCAAUGCAAAAUGUGCUUCUGGAAACAACAUUGGUCAUAUUGGAGAAACCCAAAAUAUAAUGCAAGCAGAUUGUUCACAACAUUAGUGAAUGGUGUUCUGUUUGGUAUCAUCUUUUGGGGCAAAGGAGACCAAACGUCUAAACAACAAGAUCUGCAAAAUCUUCUUGGAGCUAUGUAUGCUGCUUGUCUAUUCAUUGGUGCGGGUAACGCGAAUACUGUUCAGUCUAUUGUGUCAGUUGAGAGAACAGUUUUCUAUCGCGAAAGAGCUGCAGGAAUGUACGCACCAUUGCCCUACGCAUUUGCACAGGUGGCUAUUGAAGUGAUCUAUGUUUUCAUCCAAAGCUUCAUUUACUGUCUUAUGGUCUUGGCAAUGAUUGGAUUUCCGUUCACGGCAGUCAAGUUCUUUUACUUCUUAUACUUCAUGUUCAUGUGCUUCAUCUACUUCACAAUGUACGGUAUGAUGUGCGUAGUCAUGACUCCCGCUCCUGGGAUUGCUGCCGUAGCUAUGUCCUUUUUCUUAGGUUUCUGGAAUCUAUUCUCCUGUUUCCUCGUUCCAGUGACGCAAAUCCCAAUAUGGUGGAGGUGGUACUACUGGGCAUCACCUCUAUCCUGGACUCUCUACGGUCUAGUGACGUCUCAGGUCGGCGACAGGACCAACGAGUUGCAGAUUCCAGGGAUGCUAGUCAAUCCAACAGGACAAAGUUACUUGAAGGAUAAUCUCUGUUUUGAAUAUGACUUCCUGAAAUGGGUUGUUUUAGCUCACAUCGGCUUCGUCCUUGCCUUCUUCCUUGUAUUCGCUUAUGGAAUCAAGUACCUCAACUUCCAAAGAAGAUGAUGAAUUUAACCAAAUUCCAUAUCAAUUUAUUAAGUUUACACU